CUUUCAGGUGCGAAGUUCAUAGUAAGAUGGGCCUCAUCUCGCACUUCAUCAGUAUGUGCAUUGGCGCCUAUGGUGGCGCUUUCCUUGCUCAAAACUAUGAGAUAGGAAGGGUUCCAUCGUUAUCAGAGUUAGCGAAAGAGCUGGAAGGUUAUCUGCAAAAUGUCUCAAAGGAUAUGAAGAAGGAUAAAUAGCAGCUGAUUCACUUUCCUGAACGACUAUUGUAUAGAAAUUGAAUAGUUUCACAGAGAUUCUAGGGUUUAAAGUUUGGAACAGUCGGCUUUGCAGUUUUAAAUUUUUUGAAAUUUGCUGAGUACUGGUUCUUACAGCAUCUCCUUGAUAUAGCUUUUCGAUGACGAUGUUCUGCUCCAUGUUUGAAAUAAAAUUUCCUUACGC